AUGGUUUACAAACUCAGCGACGGGCAAAUUUGGAAACAUGUAGACCCAGCAUUACACGAAAUCGCUAGUAUUGACGACACGACAUCCCCUACCGAGGUCACAUUGGAAGGCCCAGCCAACUGGAGGGUUGUGUCUCAAGGACUCCGCAUCUUGUGCACGGAAGCUGAGACCAACCAAGAAGGAUACUUCGAAACGGUGUCCAUUCCAACUCGUCAUGGAACAUCAACCAAAACCUCCAAAGCAAAAAGUACCGCCCAAGCUUUAGAGAGAAAAGGAGUCUCUAUGUCUAUCCCCGAGAUCGCCCGUUUAUACGGACAAGUGGACAAAUGGAGAGACUCACAGACUUAUAUGUCAGGUAGUUUUCACCACCAGAAUGAACUUCAGUACCGACAACUACCAAAUGAUGUCAGUCAUCCAAUCAACCAUUUGAAAAAGAAAUAUGUCUUAGGCGACAGCAAUUACAGUGAUUUCGUAGACGAUAUGCAAGAUUUGUCGUUUCAAACGCGUAUUAUUCUGUUAAGGUCACACCCAGAACGAAAAUUUAACAUUCAAGUCGUAAUGAAUUACGAACUUCAAUACCCACCGGAACAUCUAGUUUACGCGUUUGAAACACAAAACGAGGUUCAAUCGCUGGUCAACGCGGUUCAUUUUGCAUCGGGACCAUUUCUAUUGGAACAGACAGUGAUGAUGCAUGAAGCCGUGAAUGGUGUCCAACCUAACACUAACUCUACACGGACGAUAAUCCCUGACGUCGUGGGAGUUGGUGGCGCCCAAAAUGGCCGCAAGCGCACCGCUGCGUUGAACGCCGACGAGCUUGUAAAUAUGAUGCAGCACAUGUCAGAACGCAACAAUCGAUUUGACCGCCAUUUAUUCAAGAAAAGAAAAUAUAAUUAA